AUGGUCCCCUUUGGAGGAUUCAUGAUGCCCGUUCAAUACAGCGAUUUGGGCGUUGGUGAAUCGCACAAGUGGACGAGAGAGAAGGCUAGUUUAUUCGAUGUCAGCCACAUGGUUCAAUAUCACUUCACUGGACCCGGAGCAACUGCAUUUCUCGAGAAGAUCACACCAGCAGAUCUGCAAGCACUACCACCUCAUCAAUCUACCCUUUCAGCAUUGCUGCACCCCCAGACUGGAGGUAUCGUGGACGACACCAUCAUCACCCGCCUGACUGAGGACAAGUUCUACGUCGUCACCAACGCCGGUUGCAGAGAGAAGGACGCCGCUUUCCUGACCUCAAACUUGGACGCCUGGAACAACGCAAACCAGCCUCGCGUAGACAAGUACGAACUCAAGAACCAAGGACUGGUAGCUCUGCAAGGACCUCUGGCCGCCGACAUUCUUCAAUCUGUACUCGCCCCUUCCUCCGAUGAUAUUGACCUCAAGUCCCUCUACUUCGGUAGCUCCCGAUUCCUCACCCUCAGAUUUGCGUCCGGCGAGACUUCCAAGCCAGUUCUUGCCUCUCGCGGUGGAUACACAGGUGAAGAUGGCUUCGAGAUUUCCGUUGCACCCGAAGACACUGUCGCAGUCACAGAAUUGCUGCUCACAGCUGGCGGACCCGAGAAGCUGAGACUCGCAGGCCUGGGCGCCAGAGAUUCGCUCAGACUGGAAGCAGGCAUGUGUCUUUACGGCCAUGAUCUCGACGACAGCACAACACCAGUGGAGGGCGCUCUCGGCUGGAUCGUAGCAAAAGCACGUCGUUCGGCUCCUCGCAAUGAGUUCAAUGGUGCAGAGGUCAUCCUCCCUCAAUUGGUCCCUGUCAGCAAAGGUGGCAAGGGCGUUUCCCGUCGUCGCGUAGGAUUGCUCGUCGAAGGCGCCCCCGCACGCGAGGGUGCACAGAUCGUGGAUGCUGAAGGUCAAGUCAUCGGUGCAGUCACGAGUGGAUGUCCUUCGCCCACACUGAAGAAGAACAUCGCCAUGGGUUAUGUCAAGGAUGGUCAACACAAGUCUGGUACCGAGCUAGGCGUCGUGGUCAGAGGAAAGACGAGAAAGGCUACAGUCACAAAGAUGCCAUUUGUGCCUAGCAAGUACUGGAAGGGUGGCAUCUCACCUGCUUAG